UCGAGACUGUAUCGCGUGAGGGUCGCAGCCAAUGAGGAGGCGGAAGUGACGGCCGCUUCGGAGCCGCCCGCAGCCGCUGCGAGGGUGAAGCCAGAGUGGGUUGCUCUUUUGGAGGGGCUGCUUCCUCACUUCUCACUUCUCACCGAGAGCUCAGCAUCCAGGCUGAACUGUACUGUUUAGAAGAAUGGAGGCGACUGCGUCUGUUGACAUGUUUUCCAAAGUCCUGGAGAAUCAGUUGCUUCAGACUACCAAACUAGUGGAAGAACACUUGGAUUCGGAAAUUCAGAAACUGGACCAGAUGGAUGAGGAUGAAUUGGAACGCCUCAAAGAAAAGAGACUUGAGGCACUAAGGAAAGCUCAACAGCAGAAACAAGAAUGGCUUUCGAAAGGACAUGGGGAGUACAGAGAAAUCCCUAGUGAGAGAGACUUUUUUCAAGAAGUCAAGGAGAGUAAAAAAGUGGUUUGCCAUUUCUACAGAGACUCCACAUUCAGGUGUAAAAUACUAGACAGGCAUUUGGUGAUCUUGUCCAAGAAGCACCUUGAGACCAAAUUUUUGAAGCUGAAUGUGGAAAAAGCACCUUUCCUUUGUGAGAGACUGCGUAUCAAAGUCAUUCCCACACUAGCACUGGUAAAAGAUGGAAAAACACAAGAUUUUGUUGUUGGAUUUUCUGACCUAGGAAAUACAGAUGACUUCAGCACAGAAACUUUAGAAUGGAGACUGGGUUGUUCUGACAUUCUCAAUUACAGUGGAAGUUUAAUGGAGCCACCAUUUCAGAGCCAAAAGAAAUUUGGAACAAACUUCACAAAGCUGGAAAAGAAAACUAUUCGAGGAAAGAAAUAUGAUUCAGACUCUGAUGAUGAUUAGAGAGCAGUUAUAAUCCUUUGUAAAUCGUCUUUUUAUUUCUGCUUUCUUCACAAUUAGAUGUGUUUUCUAAAUUCUGUUGAUUUCAAUACAUUGAUCUUCUGACGGUCACACUCUAGAGUUUUAUGCAGUUGCAUCACAUUGAAAGACGUCUUUAAUCUUUUCUGUGUGGCGGCUCAUGUUUAAAUUGAGGAAAACUUCUGAGUUCAAAAAUUACCAGGGGAGGGUCUGGAUUCUCUAUUUUUGAGAUUGGUUUUAUCACAGUAUGAUUCUUACGUUUUUAUACCAUUCACAAUUGUGUUUUUAACGUACUGGAUUGGAAAUAGAAAUUCAGCAGACUAUUCCAGGACUAAUUCUUAAUCAGCAUUAUUUACCUUCUACAAGAGGUCAAGUAACAUUUACUGGUGUGAACAGACUGCACUUGUAAAUGAAUUAGAAACACUCCUUACUUCUGGAAUAUAUUUAAAUAACUAUUAAAAAGGGUUUAUUUAUUCUGUACUCUGCAUGUUGUUGUUGAAUCAGCUGAUAGAAGCAGAAAGCUUUUUCAGGUUGUGAACAUAUUGCCUUAUUUAAAGGGUCCUGAUCGCUUGUAUUUUAAGACAUGUAUUAAAUAAUCAAGAAGCCCUUUUGAAAUGGCAAUAAGAGGAGAUCUAUAGACCUCCCCCCCAGUGAAACAACUAUAAUUGGUAAAUAUUAUUUUUUUUAAAUUAAAGUCUCUAGAAAUUGUCAUAAGAGCAUACAGCAAACAAAAACAUUUAUCCAAAGAAUAGUGAGUCUGUGUGGCAUUUGAGUCAUGUUCCUGCCCCCUUCCUCCCCUCCAGCUCCCAAUCUCGGCCUUCAGUUUAUCCCUUGGAGGAGCAGACUGCUAGCAUCUCUCAUUCCCCCAAGCUCUGUGUUGCAGAAGCUCUUUUCUAAGUAACAGUAAUAAAGAAGUCUGGAGCUUCCUUCCUCCACCCAGUCCCCACUUGUAGCACAGAAUACAUACCCCAGGAAAGGCAGACCAAGGACACUGGUUUCUAAUCACUGCUGCCCCAGCUUACUCAUAACUAGAGCAGUGGUGAUUAGGGUGGAGGGUUCAUGCAAGGAGAGGCAGGCAGAGAAGCCCCACCUGCUGCCCCACUGAUAGGCCGCAAAGUGCUAGAAGAAAAGGCUCCUAGAAAUGCAGGCUGCCCUCCCCAUCCCCACCUCUGGGGCAGUAGCACAAGGUUCUGUCCAGUGAGAGAUGUAAGCUGUAAAAACAGCUUCCAGAGCAUUCCCUAAAGGGACUGACUUUAUUUAGAAUAGAGGGAGAGAAGUUGAAGCCUAAGGGUGCUGCUGUAAACAUGGGAGAUUUGAAGAGGGGUCAGGGGAGAGAAGAGGAGACUGGUGUCGCCAUGAUAGCAACAAGUCAAAGGGAAGACCAGUGAGAAGUUGCGUACGAUAGAACGAAAGGGGCAGCCCAGAGCAGUCCUAGGGUAACAAGCCUCAAAGGCUACAAGAACCUGAAUUUAAUUGGCUCAAACCAUGGCAAUGUAUGUCCCAGGGCGUUGUCAAAUAAUAGAGGUCCACUAGCAGUGGGUGUUGAUAGCAGGACAUGGUAACAGAGGCAGAACAACUGUAGAAGCCCUACAGGGAGCUCAGGGAAAGAUAGGGAGAGCCCUUCUAAUGCUGCUGUCCUCGGGCGAGGGGCGGAGUCAGGGUGACUACAUCACGUCCAGGCUGCACACUCUGCAGAGGAAUAUCAGGGUAAUUCAGGGUAAGUGGAUCUAACCGAAAUGGUCCAGCUGAGGCACUAAACAAGCAAGCAGGCCCUUGAGGAGAAGGGAGUAUGGGUCUUCAGAACUGCCGUAUUAUCUAAAAUACCCAGUUUUGAACAAGGGCAGAAAAAGUUAGAAGAUCUGCAGAGAAACAGGAAAGUGUGACUGGGUGGGAGGGGAGCAAUCCAAAAAAGUGCCUUUGAAUGGGCCCAGAUGUUAGAAGACACAACAUCUCAAAGUAGCUAGUACAUACAUUUUUAAAUACUAAAACCAUGCUGGAGGUAAAGGAAGGUAUAGUAUUCCAUCAGAUAAAUAAUAUUAAUACAGAUAGAAAUUAUUUUUAAAGAGUCAAAUGGAGAUCUCUGGACUUAGAAAGGUACAGUAAUUGCAAUGAAAGAUUCGUUAGAGGGACUCACUGGUGGCUUUUACUUGCAGUAGAAAGAAUCAGAAAAUGAGGAUAUUAAUUGCUAUAGAUAAUGCAAUCAGAAGGACAGGAGGGGAAAGGGAAGAAAAAUAAGCAGCUUCAGAGAAAUAGGGAACAUCAACAUAUAUGUAAUGGCAGUGCCAGAAGGAGAGGAGGAAGAAGUCAGUAGAAAGAUUACUAGAAGAAACAAUGCCUAAAAAUCCCAAAUUUGAUGGAAAAAAAUCAAUCCAAGAAGUUCAGCAGAUUCUUAAAGUAAAAUGAUCCACAACCAGACGUGUCAGAAUGAAAAUGUUGAAAGAGAAAAAUCUUGGGAAAAAAAGGAAAAUCACUCAUCAUGCACAAGAAACCUCAUUAGGAUUAACAGUUGUCUUAUCAGAAACAGUGAGGACCUAAGGCAGUGGAAUGACAUGCAAAGUGCUGAGUAAAGAAGAAACUCAACCAAGCAUCUUACAUCUAACAAAACUAUCUUUCAGAAAUGAAGGCAAAAUGACACAUUUGGAUUUUAAUGUACGUUACAAGAAAUGCUAAACUAAGUUUUCUGUCUAAAAGGUAGUGAGACCAUACAAUAAUUCAAAUCUGAACGAAAAACAACGCCAAUAAAGGUAACUAUAUAAGCAAUUACAAAAGACAUGGCAAUGACCUAUUUUCCCCUCUUUCAGCUGACUUAAAAGCAAUUCUGUAAAACAAUAUAUAUAUAAUUGUACCUAUGACAUAUAGAAAUGUCUGUGACUACAACACCAUAAAGCAGAUGGGAGCAAAUAUUUCAUAUUUAAAUAAACCACAUAAGGAUAAGCAAUUGUAAAUUUAAAGGUUAAUAUAAAAAUCUAAAUAUAUAUGUUCAUUCAACUAUUUUAAAACAAAAAUAACUUUUAAAAAAGUAUUAUAUGCUUAACAUAUAGCGAUGCAAUAUGUAUAAAAAGGGGAAAGGGGCUAGAGCUUUAUAGGGGUACAUUUCACCAGAAUUAAAUUGCUAUAAAGCUAAAGCAGGUACUGACAAGAUGUAUAUUGCAGAUCCUGGAGUAUUCACUAAGAAAAUAAUUCCCAAAAUAUACAAAGAAAAUGAAAGAAAUUAAAAUAUUACACUAGAACAUUUUUACUUAAGAAAGAAACCACAAAAAGAACAAAGGAACAAAGAAGAUACAUAUAGAAAACAAAAGCUAAAAUGACAUACUCUUCACAUGGUUGGGUUUAUGUAACACUACAUGUGAGCAGUUAAACAAUCAUUAGGUAAAUAUUGUCGGGCUGAAUUACAAAAACAAGAUUCAACUAUAGUCUAUCCACAAGACACACUUUAGAAUCAAAGGUAAAAGUACAAUGAAAACGCUGUACUGUGCAAACGCCAAUCAUCCGAGAGCUGGAGUGGCUAAACUAAUGGACCAAAUAGAAAAUUGACACAAAAAUCAAUUGAAAACAGACUUAUUACAGAUAAAGAGGGUAGUUUUAUGAUAGAAGAGAAUUUAAGAAGCUGUAACAAUUGUAAACAUCUCUACACCUCACAAUGGAGCCCAUAAAUUUUGAUAAUCCUGUAUUUUGCUAUAAGAACUCUGAAGCAGAACUUGACAGAACUGAGGAAGAAAUAGACAAUUCUGCAAUAAAAGUCUGAGACAUGACCCAUCACCCACCUUUAAAUAAUGAAUAGGAAAAACAAGGGAGAAAAUCCACAAAGAAAGAAAAGACUUGAACAGCAAAGCAAAUCAACUACACUUAACACUUCUAUAGAACAUUCACACCAUAGCACAAUCCAUGGAAAAUUCUCCAAUACAAACCAUGUGCCAGGUAAUAAACAAGCUUCAAUAAGUUGAAAAAUAUUAAAGUCAAAGGCAUGUUCUCUGUAAUGGAAUGAAAUAAGUAACAAAUAUGUGAAAUUCAAAAAUAUGUAGAAUUGAAUGCACUCCUUUAUAACCAAAAGUCUAAGGAAAAAAAAAAAUUUAGGAAAGCCUUUCAAAUAAUUGAAAAUAAAAAUGCAGCAUACCAAAGCUUAUGGAAUGCCACUAAAGAAUCAUUUAUAGAGAAAUUUGUAGCAGUAAACACCUAAUUUAAGAUAAAAAGAUCUCAAGUCAGUGAUCUUCCACCUUAAAACUUGUUAAAAGAAAAAACUAACCCUAACCCCCCAACUUAAGGGUGGGAACUUAGAUCAAAACUAUAGUAAUCAAAAAUGUACUGGCACAAAAUAGACACAGAUCAAUGGAACAGGAUAGAAAGCCCAGAAAUAAACCCACACAUUUAUUGUCAAUUAAUCUAUGAUAAAGGAGGCAAGAACAUACAAUGGAGAAGAGACACUCUCUUCAGUAAAUGGUGCUGGGAAAAUUAGCUACAUGCAAAAGAAUCAAAAUGGACUACUUUCUCUCGCCAUAUAAAGAAAUAAACUCAAAAUGGGUAAAAGACAAAUAUAAGACCUGAAACCAUAAAACUCCUAGUAGGAAACAUAGAAGUUAUACUUUUUGAUGUCAGUCUUAGCAGUAUUGUUCUGGAGACAACUCCUCAGUUAAGGGAAACAAAAGCAAAAAACAACUAUAUUUUGCACAGUGAAGGAAAGAAGUUUCAAUUAAAUGAAAAGGCAGCCUGCUGAAGGGUAGAACAUAUUUGCAAAUGAUAUAUCCGAUAAGGGGUUAAUACUUAAAAUAUACAAAGAACUCAACAUCAAAAAAACAAGCUUCCCUAUUUUAAAAAUGGGCAGAGAAUCUAAAUAGUAAUUUUCCAAAGAAGAUAUCCAGAUGGCCAACAGACACAUGAAAAGAUGGUCAACAUCACUAAUCAUCAAGGAGAUGAAAAUAAAAACCACAAUGAAAUACUACCUCACACCUGCCACAAUGGCUAUUGUCAAAAGGACAACAAAUAAGUAUUGGUGAGAAUGUGGAGAAAAGGGAACCUUCGUGCACUCUCGCUGGGAAUGUAAAUUGGAACAGCCGCUAUGGAAAACAUGGAGUUUCCUCAAAAAAUUAAAAAACAGAACUACCAUACGAUCCAGCAAUUCCACUUCUGGGUAUUUUUCUGAAGAAAACAAAAACAUUAAUUUGAAAAGAUACAUGCACCCCUAUGUUCACUGCAGCAUGACUUACAGUAGCCAAGAUAAGGAAGCAACUGAGGUGUCCAUCAAUAGAUGAAUGGCUCAAGAAGUGGUGUAUAUAUGUAAUGGGAUAUUAUUCAGGCAUAACUCUUAACAUUUGCGACAACAUAGCUCGACCUAGAGGGUAUUACACCAAGUGAAAUAAGGCAGACAGAGAAGGAUAUGAUUUCACUUACAUGUGGCAUCUAAAAAACAAAGCAAAUAUAAAACAGAAACAGACUCAUAGAUACAAAGAACAAACUAGUGGUUGCCAGAGGAGGGGAGGAGGAGGGAUGAGUGAAAUAGGUGAUUGAGAUUAAGUACAAACCUCCAGUUAUAAAAAAAAAAAGUCUUGGGAUGUAAUGCACAGCAUAGAGAAUACAGUCAAUAAUAUUGUAAUAACUUUGUAUGGUGA